AUGGUGACGCCAGACUCCCUCACGUUGUGGGUUCUGUUGUUGCCUCCAGCACUCGGGCUAUUAUGGGCCUUGCAACAGAGCUGGAGGGUCUCUAGGAUUCGUUUGGAUGGGCCUCUCAGUAGCGAAAAUAAGAGGCUUACGGACCCACUAUAUGUGGAAAUAGCUGGUAGUGUACAAGAGCAGCUUGAAUCGAUGAAGGCCAUUUCUCGCAACAUUGCGGAUGGGGCUGACGCUUUCCUCCUUCAAGAGUUUAGGUAUAUGCUCGUCUACAUCAUCGCCUUCUCGGUCCUCCUUUGCUUUGCCGUUGGACCCCUGACGAUGGUGGCGUUCGUCGUGGGAGCGUUUACAUCCAUACUGUGUGGCUACGUUGGGAUGAAGAUUGCGGUGUAUGCCAAUGUGCGGACCUGCCACGAGUCCUGGGUGGAAUUAGGGCCUGGCUUUGACACUGCGCUCAAGGCGGGAAGCGUCAUGGGCUUUGCGCUUGUUUCCUUGGGCCUCUCCACGCUUGUAGGGAUGGUUCUCCUCUUCCGACUCCCAGCAUUGUUUGGCGAUGCUCCCGACGUCCAAAGAUCUUUAUUUGAAGCACUAGCAGGAUACGGUCUGGGUGGCUCGUCCAUCGCGCUUUUUGCGCGUGUGGGUGGCGGCAUCUACACAAAGGCUGCAGACGUAGGUGCUGACCUUUCGGGAAAGAAUGAAUACGGAAUGUCUGAAGACGAUCCACGAAACCCUGCAUGCAUUGCGGACAACGUUGGCGAUAACGUUGGGGAUGUUGCAGGCAUGGGGGCGGAUCUUUUUGGAUCUUUUGCUGAAUCGACGUGUGCGAGCUUGGUGAUAGCUGGUGCAUCGGUGACGCCUGUGAUCACCGCUGCGGGGACUUCUGUGCCCGGUCUUGCGCAGAGUUGGGCAGGUCUCAUGUUCCCGAUCCUAGUUUCUUCAUCUGGCAUUAUUACGGGUGUGUGCACAAUUGCCAUAGUGCGCGCCUUUUUUCCCGUGAAGGCCUACGAGGAUGUGGAGAGGGCCCUGAAGGCCGUUCUCUUCGUGAGCACCGGGAUACAGACGCCAUUCACGAUUCUGGUAGCUUAUUACUUUCUUCCAUCCCAGUUUGCAUUGGAAGCUGGUGGGGGCCCUAUGCUGGUGCAGUGGUGGAAAGCUCUGUUGAGCGUCCUCUUGGGCCUAUGGUCCGGAUUGAUCAUCGGCUAUGUAACCGAGUACUACACGUCGCACACUUACAACCCUGUGCGGGAGAUCGCACGAACACAGAGGCUGUCGGCUGCCACAGGGAUCAUUUAUGGGCUUUCGCUUGGAUACUUAUCGACCAUCAUUCCAAUCGCGUGUCUUUCCCUCACGGUCUGUGUGGCGCACACGCUUUGCGGGAUGUACGGAAUAGCCUUGGCGGCAGUUGGGAUGCUCUCGACGCUGACUGUGUGCCUCAUGAUUGACGCGUACGGGCCCAUCAGCGACAAUGCUGGUGGCAUUGCGGAGAUGGCGGGGCUAGGUCCAGACGUCAGGAGCAGAACGGAUGCUCUGGACGCUGCGGGCAACACGACUGCGGCUGUCGGCAAGGGAUACGCGAUAGGUUCUGCUGCUCUUGUUUCUCUCGCCCUUUUCGGAGCCUACACUGUUAGGGCGGAUAUAACAGCAGUGGACGUUCUCGAGCCAUGGACGUUCACUGGCCUGCUGAUGGGUGCCAUGCUGCCAUACGCCUUUAGCGCGAUGACGAUGAAGAGUGUGGGUAAAGCGGCAAACGAUAUGGUAGCGGAGUGUAUGAGUCAGUUCCCGCACAUCAUGGAGGGCACAAUGGAACCCCAGUACAAACGGUGCAUCGAAAUAUCCACAAAGGCCUCUUUGCACGAGAUGAUCGCUCCCGGAGCUUUAGUCAUACUUUCCCCGAUCGUCGCUGGCAUGGCUUUUGGCAAGAAUUGCACUGCCGGAUUGCUGGCAGGGGCCCUGGUCUCCGGCAUUCAGCUUGCCAUUUCAAUGUCCAACUCUGGAGGAGCAUGGGAUAAUGCAAAAAAGUAUAUUGAGUCUGGUGCUCUAGGCCCUCAAGAUUCUAAGGGCUCUGCCACGCAUAAAAAUGCUGUAACAGGCGAUACCGUAGGCGACCCGCUGAAGGACACGAGCGGGCCUUCCUUGAAUAUUUUGGUAAAAUUGAGUGCGAUUAUCUCGCUCGUUUUUGGAUCCUUCGUUGCCACACACUUUUCAAAUGCCACGGGAGGACCUAUCUGGCUCUGA